AUGCAACCUGCCAGUGGCCAAUCCUUGCUGCUGCUGCUACUGCUCCUGGGCACCAGCCUGCUGGACGCUUUUCCCCACAACGCCUCACAGAAGAGCUGUGGCCUCUCCAAGUACCACUUCCUCCUGCCAUCCGAGCUCAAGCUCAUCCAAGAUAUGAAGGAGCAGUUUGAGGAGACCAUGCUCUUGUCGGACAGAAAAUGCAACACCAGGGUUUUCCACCGGAAAUGGAAAACGGCAGAGCUGUCGGUGCCCGACCGCGUGCUGCUGGUGGAGGCCGAGCUGGACCUGGUGAUGGAGGCGCUGGGGCACCCAACGGCGCCCGGCCUCGCCGAGCGGCAUCGGCACCCGCUCUCCUUCCUCGCCCAGGCCCGUGAGGACCUGCGUGGCUGCGUGAGUGUGUCCCCCGCUUCCCCGCGCACACCGGUGCUGCCCUCCAUGGCGCCCGGCCUCACUGACGUGCUCGCUCCACAGGCACCCAAGCACCAGCCCUCCGGGAAGCUGCGGCACUGGCUACACAAGCUGGAGGUGGCCAAGGAGAGGGAGACCGACGGCUGCCUGGAGGCCUCCGCCAUCCUGCACCUCUUCCAAGUGCUCAGCGACCUGAAGUGCGCGGCGCUCCGCGAGGAAUGUCCGAGCACCCGCACACCCUGA